UAUAUAUUUUGUUUUAAAGGGUAUAAAUAAAAUUCAUUUUGAUGAUUACUAACAUUUUAUCAGUUUAUGCUGGUGGGUGAUAAAGUUUUGUUUAGACCGAAAGGGACAAAAAUCCAAACAUAUUUUUAAGUGUUUGGGUACAUCUAUUUAUAUCGAAAAUUUACCAUGUCUAAAACGUUUGGAAAGAAAUAUGUUUAAAAAUGAUUAUCAGGGUGGUUCUUUUGUUGAAUUGUUUGCUGUUGUUGGUAAAGAUCCACUUUCAAAAUUAAAAGUUUCAUCAUCAGGUGUAACUAAAGAAUUUUGCAAUGAAAUUCGAUCAUACCUAAUUAAUAUUGAAGGUGAGCCAGCUACAACGCAUAUAUCAUUCCCAAAGAGUAGCAAACAAAGUCUUCAUGCAAUUCAACAAUAUCUGGUGUUUCAACUUUUUAUUUACAGUAAAAGAUCUCUAUCUGUAGAAAUCACAAUACUCAAUCAACUAAGUUGUAAGAAAAGAAUUAUCUUUUCAAGCAAUAAUCGAGAGGUAGUUAUUACACCACUUUAUGCAAAGUUGCCGCUUUCUUUUGUAAAAGUUAAUUCAUGGUGCAAUUUAUGUUUUGAUCUUGAAAAAAUUGUCAUGAGUUCAUUUGAAGGAUCAAGAUUUUCAGUUAUUGAUAGCAUAGUUUUAUCAGCAAAUUGUAGACUAAAAAGAUUAUUCACAUUAAAAGAAAGACCAGAUUGCACUGAAGAUAUGCCUAAGAAUAUUAGUUUACCAGAUGACAUUGAUGUUUUCACACAGGUUAUUGAUUCUUUCAGUUUUAUUGAAAGCAACACAAAGUUAAAUAGUUCAGUGAAAAAAAAUUUACAUAUCAAUAUAUCAAACUCUCAUCUUGCAUUUGGUUAUCGAAUCCGUAAUCAAAGUGAGUCUACUGCAGGUGAAAUUUUUACAGAUCGACAAGUUAAAACCUCAAACAUACGUAAUCAAAGUAUAGGAAGUCUUACUGAACAUCCUUUAAAAGCCUUUGCUCUUGAUGGUUCUGGAAUAAAUCAAACAAAAAAAGUUAGUGUUCCAGAAGAUAACAAAGAAACGGCUGAUUCUAAUAAUAUUGUUUCUUCUACAAAGUUGUUUAUUCAACCUAGGCCUCCAAAGGAGGUUGCUGGGAAAGUUCGUAGACCACGUGUCAAAAGUGCUGAUCUAUCUGCUGCCACAAAGACAAAAAAUCCUCUACCUGCAUUAUCAAAAAGUGCAGACAGUAGGUCAAGAGGAGAAUCUAGUUGUAAUUCCGAAAAUGGUAUGUUAAAUACAGUACAAAAGUUCAAAACACCAUCCAAUUCAGUCUCAUUAUUUAAUAAUGAGUUAAAAUCUUCUGAAAAUACUUUAAACAAACAAUUUCGUAGCAAAUCAUUAACUAUACUUCCAGAUAUUAAGAAAAGUGUUUCUCAGACAAAAGAACAUUCUUUUUCCACUUUGUUAUUAGCAGAUGAUAUUUUUGAAGAUGACUACCUUCAGAAGUGUUUAAAAAGCAAUUGUAAUGAUGCAUUGACUCAUAGUAGUUGUAGCAAUAGCACAAACAGUGAUUUACUUUAUUCGUCAAGACCGCAUUCUGUUUUAACACAAAGAAGUCAUAAAAAUAGUGAGACUUGUUUAGAAAAUAUAGCAGAGUGUGCAGUCCAAAAGUCUUCUAAGAACUCUAUAUUGUUUUCAAAAGAAAAUAAUUUAUCUACUCAAGUUGUCUGCUCAGAAGAUAAAAAUGCUAAUGACGCUAACAUGUCUAACAAACACGACAGUUCAGAGGAUUUAAAGAAUACAAAUAAAAAUAUAAAUGUUAAUAAAAUCCAAAUAUCAAAUAAUUCAAGUAUUCUUGAUUUGAGUGAAGAAAAUUUAGUUUUACACAACAGUAGAUUUGAAACUGAAGAAGAAAAUGAAAAACUAAACAAAACUUACAAUGUUGCUCAAUUAACUAAUCAAGUUGAAGAUAAAAAUCAAGUAAUUUUAGAAAAAAUAUUACCAGGAAAUCUAAAUGAAGAACUUAAAGAUUCUAAGCUGCAAAGAAAAGUUGACAAAUUACCAAAAUAUAAUCCUGUUAGAGAGUCAUAUGAAUCUGAAACAAUGUCAUGGUUAAAUUCUUCUAUAAAUAAAUCUUCUCAGUUUCCUAUAAAAACAGACUGGUCUCCAAAACAAAUGCUUAGAAAAAAACUUGAAGAACAUCUCGGAUCAUUUUUUCAAAAUAGUAAAGAAGUAGACUCUGAUGAUGGUUUUUCUGAUGAUAGUGAUGAUACAACUUUUGCGGAGCGCCCUCUAAUGUGCAACCAUCGAUAUCAAGACGAAAUAAAAAGUCUUGAUUUAUCAGCUGCUAUGCCAGAUACUCCUCAAGUUGGUGAACAAUCAAGGAGCAAAAAUCAGGACCUCAACAAUAACUCAAUUUUGGGACGAAAAGAUGAAGAAUUCUUGGAUCUUUUGUUUGAUCCGGUACUAAAUUGCUACUAUGAUCCGAAGACGGAGAAAUAUUAUGAGUUAUCAUAAUAUUUUAAUUUAUCGUAAUCAAUCUUUAAUUUAUGAAUUAAUUUAUUUGAAUGAUUUUACUACCAUUUUUUUUAUAGUUUUCCAUAUACAAUAGAAAGUUUUAGUUUUAUAGUGUUUGAUUUGUUUGAAAUGGUUAACGUUUUAUAAUGUUUAAAUGUUUGAAAUCAUAUUUGUAAAUAAAAUAGUUUUUGCACAAUUAAAAAAUUUAUAAAGAUUUUAUAAUGUUGUAUAUAUUUUAACUGUAUUUAAAGUAUUUAUUAAUGAAG